AUGGACAACUCCUGCCUUCUCGACCUCCUCAUCAGGUGCUUCGCGAUGACCGAGCCCGAGGACCUCAACUUCACCGCGUUCACCGACCUCUGCCGGCUGUGCUCGCUCAAAAGCGGCCCGAGGCUCCAUAUCUUCGAUAAGGAGUCCGAGCAAAGGCAGAUCCUUUUCAAACUUCGGACCUGCUUGCCCACUAUGCAGAUCUCCAAGGACGACUUCCUGCCGAAGAAGAUCUGCGAGCGUUGUGUGGGCCGGCUGGAGCAACUCUACGAGUGGCGACAGAGCUGCCUCGCCACAGACUCCGUGCUGAGGAACUAUGCCGAAUCCAUGCGCAUCGUAACAUCCACUAUCAACUUUCAGGAUGGUACCGUGAAUAUGGAUAAGAUGACAGAAGCGCAAAAGACAGCGUAUUUAGAAGCCCAUGUGGCAGUGCAACAGCACAUGGCCCAAGCUGCUGCUGCUGCACGACGUGAACAGCAACAACAACAACAGCAACAGCAGCAGCAGCAGCAACAACAACAACAACAACAACAGCAACAACAGCAGCAGCAGCAGCAACAACAACAACAACAACAACAACAACAACAACAACAGCAACAACAACAACAGCAGCAACAACAACAACAGCAGCAGCAGCAGCAGCAGCAGCAACAACAACAACAACAGCAACAGCAACAACAACAACAACAGCAACAACAACAUCAUCAACAGCAAAACAACGCUUCAACGAAUACAUCUCGCCAUCAUCAAGAAAUGCAACAGGCUCAAAAUCCUAGUAGUGCCCAUCAAGGCCAUCCAUCGCCGCCUACGGUGACGUCGACCCAACACUAUGCGAGCAUGAACUCUCCUAUCAAAGUACCAGUGGUGAGCUCCAGCACAGGAGGUCCUGACAGCACCUUUACUGUGCCCGACGAUGUCGGCAUGGGCUUCGAAGGCGGUGUCAGAGUCCUACAGAGUCUUGGUAACUGGUCACCAGAAGUGACGAAUACUAUCCCAAGGCCAAACUUGAUACCGUUCACGGAGCCAUAUGCCGAGGGCGGGUCAAUGCACCCAGGAACGAGACUGAAAGCCCUGCAGACAGGCACCGUGAGAAAACACCCCGCCAUCAAACCUACUAGUUCUACUAAUGAAGGUAGCAAGGCGUUCGAGUGUACGGUGUGUGGAAAAGGACUAGCAAGAAAAGACAAACUCACGAUACAUAUGCGAAUUCAUACAGGUGAAAAGCCUUACGUAUGCGAAGUAUGUAACAAGGCUUUCGCGCGGCGAGACAAGUUAGUCCUGCAUAUGAACAAACUGAAGCACAUAACGCCGUCCAAUAUUGCCCCGUUGGGUAAACGAUCGAUUUCGAUACCACCUUUAAAAUUAGAUGAUGUCAAACCCCAACUAACAAAGCAAGAGGACACAAAGCCGAGUCAAGCAGAAAUUGCGGCUGUAGCACAACAACAACAGCAACAACAACAACAACAACAGCAGCAGCAGCAACAACACACGCACCAACAAGCGAUCCAGGUCUGCCAGGUACCCGGGCACAACUUUACGAAUACAAAUCUGGUGCACACGAGUGCAGCGAGCGCCGCAGUGGCGGCGGCGACUGCGGGCAUGGUAGUUUCGUGGUCAUGCGAGCUGUGCGGACGACUGUUCGCUACCAGGGACGAGUGGAGCGCGCACGCCAAGUCCCAUCUGCCAGAUACCAAACUCCUGCAGGAUAAGAUGCAGGCGCAUCAACAACAGCAGCAACAAGAAAAAGUCCAUUUAACGAAUCAAGAGAAGCUACAAUUGCUGCAUCAUCACAAUCAGAAUCAGCAGAUACUGAAUGGGCACGGGAUAGCCACCGCUUCUGUGUCGACCGCCACCGUGGUGAACGAGGGCAGCGGUGGCGGCACGUACUUCACACACGGGCACACGCAUUACGCCCCCGAAAGACAGCACACACAUGCGCACCACCUCUGUCUUAUGUGUAGACAAGAAUUUGCCGGCAAAGCAGAGUUCAUGUUCCACGUGCGAGGUCACUUCGAGGGCAAAGUGAGCGACAUCGCCGCCGCCGAUGUGUUGGCCCGUUCCCUCGUCGACAACUCCGGGCUGUGUACCUGAGCCACGCCAACGCCCGUCAGUAAUUACCAAUCUGACGGCUGCAAGGCAGUGAUACAGGACGAUACGAUUCUGUUGAAGUUUUGAGAGUUAAGUGAUAUUUAUGAGGAGCUCAUGAACUUGUUGUCAAAGUAACCCUAAGUGUUAUGCUAAUAAGAUUUCGUUCUCUUUAACUGUUGAGAUAUUUAGGAUCCGUAUUGA